AUGGCGUCGGCGGGCCGCUGGGCAUGGAUGGCGGAGGUGGCGGGCGAGGAGCUGGCGAAGCUGGAAGCGGCGCACCCGGGCCGCUUCGGCCCGCUCAAGGCCGAGCUCGAGCGCCUCGUCGCCGACCCCGGCUUGGACGAGGCGGCAGCGUUCGCGCUCGUCUCACCGCGCGCCGGCGCCGUUGCCGUCACCGACGCCGCCGAUACCACCCCGGCCGCCGCCUCGUCCCAGCCUGCUGCUGCUCCUUCGCGCACGGUGCCCGUGUGCACUCAAGUGCAUGAUCCAGCCAUCAUCCGCUCACUCACCUUGCGAGGAACUUUUGCAGAGUCGUCGACCCGAAAGAGAAAGCCGCGCGGCGGCGCGCGGGAGCGGGAGGAGGGGAAGCGGAGACGGCGGGCGAGCACGCCGCCGGGAUCGGGAGGGGCAAAGGACAGGGCCGACAUGGCCAUCGAGCGCGCCCAGCGGUGCCUAGAGAGGAUCCGCGCCGUCAAGCAGAGCUUGCUUGCCGCUUGGAUUCACUGA